AUGGACACGUGGACUAAACCCCCAUCGUUGAAGGACCUGGAGAAGAUCCUGUAUGGAGGGAAACGGAGCGGAAAUCAUGUGGACGAAGUCUGGCCCAACCUGUUCCUGGGAGAUAUGUCGAUAGCCAACGAUCGCUACGCCCUGUGGAAGCUCGGGAUCUCCCACGUCCUGAACGCAGCUCACGGGAAGCCUCACUGCAGCGGCAGCCACAAGUUUUACGGCUCCUCUGUAGAAUACUACGGAGUUCCUGCAGACGAUUCACCUUCAUUCAACCUCUCUGUUUAUUUCCAUCCGUGUGCUGAUUACAUCCACCAGGUUCUGAGCUCUCCAGAAGCACGGCUCUUGGUGCACUGCGCAGUCGGAGUGAGUCGUUCCGCUUCACUAGUUCUCGCCUACCUGAUGAUCCACCAUCGUCUCUCCCUGCUGGAGGCCGUCGACACGGUGAAGAAGCACAGAUGGAUCUUCCCGAACCGUGGCUUCCUCAAGCAGCUCCGAGCACUCGACAUCAAACUUCACGCCACAUGUUCUCCACCGCCGUAAUCUUAAUCAGUGAUUCUCAGUGAUCAGUGAUUCUCCUAGAACACUGGAAAAAAAAACAAACAUGACUUAUAGUGAGCUAACUUCCUCCUGGAUGGGGGGUGAGGGUGGUGCAGCAGGUAGAUUCGGUCCCGCAUAGUCACACAACGUCCACAUACAAUAGAAUACAGAACUGUUUAAAAUUACCCAGAGGUUUGAGUCACUAAAUGUGUGAGUAUUGAUUGGUUCCCUGUUCAGAGUGUCUUGCAACAUUCAGUCACUUCAGCCUGGUCAGGGUCCUGAUGGGUCCAUUGACACACAGAAACACAGAGCAUGAGGCAGGAAUAAAACCCGGACAGGGCGCCAAUCCACCACGGUGCAACAUAACUUGUAUGUACUUAAAGGUAAUUUACAGCAUUCAUUCUCUUCAGUAGGGAAAUAGGUAUGUCUAAAAAAAGAAAUAAACAUAUAUGACAUUACGA